AGCAACUAUGGUGAGAGUGGCUGAUAGAAAAGAUUGUAUCAACAGCAAAAUAGUUUUAUUUUUUUAUGAAUGUGGUUAUGAGAUUUGCCUACAAGCAUGGUGAAGAGGUAGCUGGUAUCCUUGGUAGUGUUGGAUAUUGGCAUGACCUUUGUACGUCCUUAAGGCGCUAUGUUCAGAAGAUUUGCGAAGUUCGUCUGAUUUGUGGUUUUUUAAUCCUUUGGUUAAACUCAUCAGUAAUGGACUCAGCAGAUAACCCUUUUGCCUCACUUGUGAAAAAUUCGUCAGUCGGUCUGGGUCCAGCAAUAUUUGGUGCCUGUGAAACUGAGGUUACUAAAAUCUUGGAGAACAUACUGCUCAUUACCCAUGAUAAAGAUCUUGUUCUUGGUGAAUCCGGUAGACCUAGUCAUUUACUUUACAUACAACCGUUCUCGUGUGGAAAUGUUCAAAUUUCCGGGAGCAGUUUGGAUGAACUUAUAUUUGACCGCACCCAAAUGAGAAAGUUCAACGAUUAUGAUGUUGUCAGCCUUAAGACAGGUGCAGCCACGGAUAUCAAUGACGUUUUAACUUCUAAUCCAAUUAGUUAUUUGGUUUCUUCUUAUCGCCGCGCGUGUGCAAUUAAACAAACAAACGCUCUUUCACAGAUCGUUGAAGAUUGUCGCAAAAGUAUUGUAAGACAAAUUGUACUUCUGUUGCUUGUUGAUGCUGAGUCUGAUAAUCCGGAAAGCAGCACGAACCUAUUUGAUAUCAUUUAUCAAGCUCUCUGCACAGAUGACGGCGAUCAAAUUGCUUACAUUCAAAAAAUGUUUGACGAAGUUCUUAAUCAUCUGGAGUCGGAAUCUCUAUCGGAUGUAAGUAUAGAAGAAUCUUGUCCUCAGUCUGCAUUAAACAGUUUACGACCGUUGGUCAAUCGCCUUCUAAUUCAGUUAAGAAAUAUUUAUUAUUCCUCAGUGCAGUCACCAACAGUAGUAAAUAGCUUCCUAAAUAAACAGUUGGUGGGUGCUAGGGAACGUGUCUUGUUCUGUCCUCAACGCCGUCCUCUGUUGAUCAUGACAAUUUGGUUAUCUAAGUAUUCAGUCACUGCUCAGCUUCUUAUUGAGUUGUCGUUUCCUCAGAGUUUCUCCAGUGGUUCAUUUAGACCUGAUGAAUUCGAAGGUGGUCUUUUGGGUCGACUUCUAGUUCCCAGUCAUUUACAUUCACCUCAAGCAGCGGAAACAAUUUUCCUAACUAACCAGGCUCCAAUCGGUGAAUUUUUUACGGAAGAAGUACCUCUAAAAUCUGUUGUAGAGUCCGAACAACGUACAAUAUGGCAGUUAACUGAACAAAUGGAUUUGGAGUUGAACACCUUGUUCACUAAUUUACUCAGGGUCGGCAAACGACGUCCAUAUAUUAAAAAGUUACUGUUCAAAUGGUUCGGUGGAUGUAUUCAUGCUAACAAAGCUCGUGGUCAGUUAGCACAUUCAAUUAUGAAUCAUGAUUUAUUAAGUCGAUCAAAUACACCAAAUCUAGCUGGUGAUGGAUUUCUUAGCAAUUUUACAGCAGUUUUAGUUCGAUUAACUGGACCAUUAGUGACGUUGCCAGAGAAACCGCCGUUGGACAAAAUUUGGCCAGAAUAUGCUACAGAUUCAUGUGCAGAUCGAACAGUAUUACCAGAUUUACGUGGAGAAACACGUCUUGCACCUGCAAAUAAAAUUUUCAAGAAAUCUGAAAAUGCUUCACUUGUAGUAAUGAAUAAUGAAGAUUAUCCUCUUUUAACAGAAUUAUUUUUUCUUGCACAUGCGGCUAUACGUAUUGGAUGGACAUCGUUAAUUGCUAGACAUUUUGAAACUGGUCAACAAUUGCAUCGGUUAGAAGAUCAAUUACAACCACAUGAAUCAGAUAAUUCUAAUGAUUCUCAAGUAAUUUUUCUGCGUCGUUUUAUGCGUGAACGCACUGCACGGUAUUUGGAACAAUCUACCAGUUUGUCGUGUAUGUCUCGAUUAAAAGAUCAAUUGUCAUUUGCUGUGACCACUUGUCGUUUUCUUGUUAAAUUGGCUAAGUGUAUACUAAACAAAAAUAGUAGUUAUAGUAAUGAUACUACUACUUCUACCUCUGACUCAACAUCAUUUUCUCAUGGUUGUCUUUCUGAUUUACCAGAAUAUUUGGUUGAUAAUGUCGUGGAACUUGUUAGUUAUUUAAGACGUGGCAAAGAUGAAUUUCUUGAGUCUGUUGAAGUGUCGUCAAUUCCAUUGGAACCAUUGUUAGAAUUCAGUAUAAUAUUUAUGAAUCAUACAGGAUUAUUAACUAAUCCACACUUAAGAGCUCGUCUUGCUGAAGUUCUUGAAUCAUUAGUACCACAACGUGAUGAUGAAGCUUGGAAUACAAAUACUAGUGGUUCUGGUUUAUUGAAUUCAUUGCAUUUGUCUUUCCAUAGACGUGAACAACUUAUGAAUCGAGAUUCAGAAAUCACAGAUGAUCCUGUAUUGAGUAAUGCUGUCAGAGCAUUGCUUACAGCAUUUGUCUCUAUAGAAUUAUCACCUGGUACUGGAGUUGUUGGCAGCGCUGGUAGUGCAGCUGAUGCGGUGAUAGCUGCUUCUUCAUCAUCUACAUCACAAAAUUCUUCACGCCAACCUGAUUCUCACUUAAACAGUAGUGAUAGUCAAACAGAUACCGGUAAUAAUAGUAGUAGCAGUGGUGGCAAUACUGCAACGGACACUCAAACUGCUGCUGUUGGGUUUGAAGAAAAAUUUCAUUAUCGACGCCCAAUGUAUGCUUGUUUAAGAUAUUGGUACGGUAAACCAUUAUAUGAUGUACAGUUUAAGCGUUUAGAAAAUGAAGCUUUAGCGCAUAUCGAUGAUGUGAAUCCUCCAUUAUUUCUACAAUUUUUAUCACUUUUGGUGAAUGAUGCUAUCUUUUUGUUAGAUGAAGCCCUUAGUUUAUUAGCUCAACUUAAACAAACUGAACGUGAAAGAGACAAAUGUGGUGGGAGAUUAUCCUCUUCUUCAGACGAAGCAUUAUUUGCACAUACAGGUCGUUUAGCACGACAUCAUAUUAUGCUUGGAUUAGAUACCAUUGCUACAUUACGUCGAGUGAUCACUUUAUGUUCACAAUUAAUUACACAUCCAAUAUUGGUUGAUCGAGUUGCUUGUAUGCUAAAUUAUUUCUUGACAAGACUUGUAGGACCAAAACAACGUGAUUUAAAUGUACGUGAUAAAGCUGCUUAUGGUUUUAAACCAGAUUUAAUGGUACUAGAAAUUUCUGCAAUAUACCAAAUAUUAGCUCGUGGAUCUGAUUCAGCAGUUGAAACAGAUACUGAAACAAUCGCAUCAUCUUCGCUACCAUCAUCAUCGGAAUCAUUUCGUCGAGCUGUUGUUAGUGACGAAAGAUCAUUUACACCAGAUUUGUUGGACCAAGCUUGUCGUGUAUUAGAUCGAAUCGCUGCACCAAUAGAUUUAUGUAAUAAAUUCGCUGAAGCUGUUCGUCUAAUUAAAGCUGAAAAUGUAAUAAAAACUAACGAAGAACUAGAUGUAGAUGAUGCACCGGAUGAAUUUAUUGAUCCAAUUAUGGGUUGUUUAAUGGAGGAUCCUGUGAAAUUGCCCACAUCGGGUAAAAUAGUUGAUCGUAAAACUAUAUAUCGUCAUCUGUUAAAUGAUUCUACUGAUCCAUUUAGUAGAAAACCAUUAACAAUGUCUCAAGUAGAACCACAAGAAAAUUUACGUUCAGCUGUUCGUAUGUGGAUUGAUGAACGUCGAGCACAAAGAUUAUCAAAGAAUACUCAGGGUAAAGAACAACAGCCUUCUUAA